CCAUGGCACUUUCGAUUUCGAAACAGAAAAUCAUGGAACAAAAACUGAGCCUGCAAAAGGAAAACCAGAUAUCCGUUGAUCCAAUAUCAUUGAGAGAAUCAAUCUCCUCAUCCAUGGGAGAAACAAGUUUCAACAUGAUGUUACCUCCGGUAGAAGCUCCUCAACCCGAUUCCGCCGUACCUCAUCCGCUUAUUCAGCCGCCCCCUUUGCCCCCCAUGAAGCACAAGUUUUUAACUUCCCCCGUCUCAACCUCUUCUCCUCGGUUUCGCUCGAUUCUGUCGAGGAAGAACUUAAAAAUCGCAAGUCAAGACUCUCCUCGGCAGGUUGAUCACGAGUCCGUUCAUGAUCUUUGGCACCAUGAUGGUGCCGGUUUAAUCUCCGAUCACGACGUUAAGGAUGACGAUGGUUUCCGAAAGAGCAUCGACUUCAAAUGCGGUGCCCUUUGCAUGUUCCUUCCAGGCUUCGGUAAAGGGAAGGCAGUGAGGCCAAGAAUGAGAGAAACCAUUGGCAUGGAGAAUGAUGUGAUAUCGACAAGAGUUUCCCUGGAAAAAUUCGAAUACGGAUCUUGGGGUUCGUCAACUUUUAUACCGGAUAACGACGAUGAUAAUGGAGAAUCCGCCAUGAAUCUCUUCUUUGAUCUGCCGUCGGAGUUGAUUAAAAAUCUCGGUGACGAUACUGAUUUACCAGUUUGUUCUGCUUUUGUGUUCGAUAAUAAAGAUAUGAAAGGAAUUUUAAAAAAGGGUUCAACUCCAACGGCAACAACAGGCAGGAAAUACUACGAACUGCAUCGCCAUCUCAGGUUUUCUACUGUCAGGAAUUCUGAUGAAUCCUUGUUCAGUCGAGCUUGA